AAAUAAGCAUGAAGAAUCUGUCUGCACAAAAUAUUUCAUUCACAGACUUCAAUCUGAUUGGUUUCUACGGCCUAGGAGAAUGGAGGCCUUUGUUAUUUAUCCCUUUCUUUCUGAUGUUUUUUCUGUCUAUCACAGCAAAUAGUAUUCUCAUAUAUUUAAUCAUAUGUCAAAAGUCUCUGCAUUCUCCUAUGUAUGUACUAAUAGGUUUAAUGGCUGUUGUAGACUUAAUCUCGCCUAUAUUUUUUGUACCUAACAUGCUUCUUAGUUUUUUGUUUAAUUGGAGUGGGAUAUCUCUAACAGGUUGUUUGAUACAAAUGUUUUGCAUUCAUUAUGUUGGAUCAUUUCAGUCCACUUUGCUUUUUUGGAUGGCACUGGACCGUUACUUUGCAAUAUGCAAACCUCUUCAUUAUCAUAAAUACAUGGAAAUCCCUAACUUCCUAAAGUUUAUUGUUGUGCCAGUAAUGAGAAAUGGACUCCUGAAUGUCACCAUGGUCUCUCUGGCUGGAAAACUGUCAUUUUGUUUAACAAAUGUGAUUGAUCACUGUUUUUGUGAACACAUGGCGUUGGUUCAGUUAGCAUGUGGAGAUAUAUCUAUUAAUAACUUGGUAGGACUAUUGUCUGCUUUCCUUAUACCAACUGCAGAUUUUAUUCUCAUUACUGCUUCCUAUGCUGUUAUUUUUAUCUCUGUGUUUAGAUCUGGUAAGGCCCAGAUUAAGGCCAUAAACACCUGCAUUACUCACAUCAUUGUUAUGACAUGUAGUUUGAUUUUUGCCCUGAUUGCGUUUAUGUCAUACAGAAUAAGAAAUAAUUUUUCUACCAGUAGUCGUGUAUUUGUGAGCACAAUGUACUUACUUUUUCCAAGUUGUUUUAACCCAAUUGUUUAUGGAGUGAGAACAAAAGAAAUAAGACAAAAGUUUCUUCAGUUUAUUAGAGAAGUAAAAAUCUUUCCUUUGCAAAGAAAUCCGUUUUUUUUUAAAAAAGAUCAACAAUAUUGCUGAUACUGUAACAUUUUAAAAAAGG